AAGCUAGGCUAUAUCGAUACGCUAAUCGAGAAUAUAGCGGUAGCGCUUAGUGAGUAUAAGAUAGCUAAGGGCUAUAUAAAGUCUAUUAUAGUCAACGUUAUUAGCACUUUCCUACUAGCUAUACUUAUACUAUCUAAGAUAUAUAAAAAGGCAAAGCUAGAGAAUAUUAAAGACAACCUAAUUAAAGGUAUAGAUAUAAAGGAUUUUAUAUUCUCUACUAUACUAAUACCGCUAUCUAGCUACCCCUUCUCUAAGCUAACUGAGAUCUUCGUUAGCCACUAUCUUGCCUAUAAGGUAGUCCCCUUUGAGAAGACUAGUGUAAUUUUAAAUCUCGUCUACCUAGGUUUCUACGUUACUAACCUUGUGUAUAACGCCCUGCUAGACAUUAAAUAG